AUGCAUCUGAGGAGUCUCGCCGUCUUCGCCGUCCAGGCCGCCGCAGUCGCCCUGCCCGACCCGGAUCCCUCCCAGGUCUACGGCGCAGCAGCUAGAUGGAACCAGCGACGGGCGGCUUGCCACGACGACAACGUCCUCCGUAACCUGCGCGACAAGCGCUUUAGCGCCAGCGCCAGCGAGUUCUGCUCAACGUACAUCCAGUCCACCGUCACGCAGACCGCAUACGAAUCUACCACGCACCAGACGGUGACGGCGACGCCUGUCGAGACCGUCGCCGCAACGACCAUUGUGUACACGGCUACCUUCACGCCCGGCAUCCACACCACCUACGUGUGGUCGACCAUCCAAGACCCGCGAUACAACUGGAAGCGCGACGCACCCGCCUAUCCCACCUGGCUCCCCGUGACGUAUGAGCCAUCACGGGUGAGCAGCGCCUGCUCUUGCUUCAUCACGAGCCCGGCGGCGCCCGCCCAGCAGACUGUCUCCUCCACUGGCGUCCUGACGAUCACCGAUACCGAUGUCCUUCCAACCGUGACCACGACGCUCGUCUCCACCGUCACGACCGAGCUCUUCACCGUGCCCACAGUCACCGCCACCGUCGGCAUCGAGUGCGGCCUCCGGGGCUGCACCACCGAGGACUGGGUCCUGAUGUCCAGGAACGAGCCCAAAUUUGAGGACUGCGUCAGCCUCUGCAAGAUAUGGGGCAACUGCGUCUCGCUCCAGUGGAACGCCGUCGACAGCAUCUGCAACCUCCUCAAGGAUAACGCCACGGUCGUCUACAACCCCAACACGCCCGACAACCUCGCCGCCUGCCGCAACUUUCAGAUUUACGACUGGCAGUGUGUGAUUAAGAACAGGUUUGGUUUGUAG